UAAUAUUCUAGUUUUCAUCUAACCUUGCAACACCUUUAUCUGAACGUGUUUUCCAAUUUGAUAUGGAAGAAGGGAACACAAAGAAAGGGUUGGAAGGAACCGGCUUAGUUUUAUCCAUCAACCGUCACUCUAACUUGAAAUCUGCUUCCUCCGAUGAUAAUUUCACUCAAAUCAUCACAAACAUCAAAUCCUCCAAAACUCCCGCUGUUAUCAAUUAUGGCGCUUCAUGGUGUGGCGUUUGCAGUCAAAUUCUGCCUGCAUUCUGUAGACUGAGCAACAAAUUCCCAAAGCUUUCAUUUAUAUACGCAGAUAUUGAUGAAUGUCCGGAAACAACUCAACAGAUUCGAUACACUCCAACCUUCCAGUUUUUUCGAAAUGGUGAAAAGGUUGAUGAGAUGUAUGGUACCGGAGAAGAGAGGCUGCAUGAUCGCUUGUGGUUGCACUCCUGAAGACAUGUUUGAUUUAGACAUUAUGUUUGCAAUUUCCUAUCAUUAACAAUUCAAUGUAUUUCAUGUUGAAUCCUAAUUAUUGAAUGACACCAUUGGAAACAUAGGAAAACUUGUAAACAAUUUAAUUUUUUUUUUGA